CCUCUGUGUUGCUUAAACAACAGUCCUAACUUUUGUGUGUUGCAAAUAUAAAAGGCAAGCCAUGUGACAGAGGGACAGAAGAACAAAAGCAUUUGGAAGUAACAGGACCUCUUUCUAGCUCUCAGAAAAGUCUGAGAAGAAAGGAGCCUUGCGUUUCCCCCCCUAAGCUGUGUACCAGAUACUGUGAUGAUGGAUCCCAAGUGCCAAGAGUAAGACAAAACUCAGCCAUACAAAGGACAAUGACAGCCAGAAAGCUUCAGCCAGAUCCUGCUGCCAUUGCCUUGAAAAGAACUGGAUCCUAAGAGGUGAAGGAAUUCCCAAUUUUUUGUCCUCGGUCUCCCUCUGCUGUUCUUCUGGAGAAGUUUUUCUUCACAACAAUGAGAAAUCAUGUACUAGCUGCAUCCUUUUCUAUGCUCUCCCUACUGGCGAUAAUGGGAGAUACAGACAGUAAAACGGACAGCUCAUUCAUGAUGGACUCUGACCCGCGACGCUGCAUGAGGCACCAUUAUGUGGAUUCUAUCAGUCACCCACUGUACAAGUGUAGCUCAAAGAUGGUGCUCCUGGCCAGAUGUGAGGGGCACUGCAGCCAGGCAUCGAGAUCCGAGCCCUUGGUGUCCUUCAGCACUGUCCUCAAGCAACCUUUCCGUUCCUCUUGUCACUGCUGCCGGCCCCAGACCUCCAAGCUGAAGGCGCUUCGACUGCGCUGCUCUGGGGGCAUGAGACUUACCGCCACCUACCGGUACAUUCUCUCCUGUCACUGUGAGGAAUGCAGCUCCUGAGACCUACCGCCUAGUGGCUGUGGCUGGAAGGACCACAGAGCAGAAGACAGUUGGACCAGCUAGGGAAGGACUGGCAAGAAAAGGGUUAAGGCAAAGAUAACAGCAAUUCCCCGGGGACACUGAAUAUGCUAGUAAGAAAGACUAUGCUUCUGGACAGAGAGAACUACUCUGGGAAUUGGCUUUUCGUUCCCAUCUCUUUUUCCCCACCUGGUAAAUUUCUUUUGGUUUCUUUUGAGAUUCAGGCACCCCCCCCCAUUGGCUCUGAAUGCUGUUUGGGGUUGCAACAAUUCCACAUGAGUGGGAAAGAUGUGGAGCCACAUGCAAGAGUAUGUCAGGCUGACACUGUUUGGUGCAUAUUAGGGAAGAAUUGGUUAUGAAAGACAGGAAAAUCCAGCUUUUCCUAGGAUAUCUGGGGUUCUCCUUCCCAUCUCUAUCUUGUCAUUAGGUCUAAAGUUGCCUCUACUACUAAAAGUUACCAAUUUCAAAUUCUGGACAUCAAGCAUAUGGAUAUGUUUAGCAAAGUUUAUUCAUAGAUAGCUAACUAAUGUCAUCAUAACUAACAAAUGAAUUCUUCAUGGGACUCAAACUCUUGACAGCUCUAAUUAUUAUUUCACAUGUGACAUUAGGAAAGUAAAGAAGGCAUAAACAGUGUGUCACCUGAAUGUUCUUGCAGAUAAAUUUUGGUCAAAUUUUUGUAAAGGAAAAGACUUGCAAAGACUUGCACAGAUACGGAUCCUGCACUGACUUUGGAAAGGCAUCUAUGAACUAGGGCCGUGAAGAAUGCCCUGUACUCAUGCAUGCACAUUAGACAACCAAGUAUUUGUCUAUGUGUGGAUGUGCUAUAGCUUUAGCCAUAUCUCGGGCAUCAUUUUCUAAUAAUCCACUCAUCCUUGUGAGGCUUGUUGCCAUAGUGGUGGCCUGGCUCAUCUUCUGAACAUUUGGUUCCAAUAUAUUUUGGUCCUUGAUGCUCAAAUUUGAAAUUAUUCUCAUGUUUCAAAAUAAAAAGAGUAU